CCCACACCCUGAAGACCCUCUACUUUUAUUACAAGGAGUAUCAGUGUGACAGAGAGCCAUGCUUGCUGCGUGUCUGGAGCUCCUCGGCUUGGCGCUGUGCGUCACCGGCUCGCUGCUGGUGAUGGUGGCCUGCGGGCUUCCCAUGUGGAAGGUGACCGCCUUCAUCGACUCCAACAUCGUGGUGGCUCAGACCAUCUGGGACGGUCUGUGGAUGUCCUGCGUGGUUCAGAGCACGGGCCAGAUGCAGUGCAAGAUCCACGACUCGGUGCUGGCCCUGACUCAGGACCUGCAGACGGCGCGCGCCCUCACCAUCGUCUCCGCUGUGCUCGGGGUGGUCGCGCUCACCGUGACCGUCGCCGGGGCGCAGUGCACCAACUGCCUCAAGGAAGAGUCGAUAAAGGCUAAAGUGGUGAACGCAGGAGGGGUGCUGUACAUCGUGAGCGGGCUGUUCGUGCUGGUCCCGCUCUGCUGGAUGGCCAACAACAUCAUCGUGGACUUCCACAACCCGAACCUGCCCCCGUCCAAGAAGAGAGAGAUCGGUGCCGCCAUCUACAUCGGCUGGGCGGCCACUGCGCUGCUGCUGCUCGGCGGGACCCUGCUGUGCUGCUCCUUCUCUCCGGGGGUCAGAGGCACCUAUCCCAUCAAAUACGCCCCCACCAAGACGAUCACAUCCAACGGAGAGUUUGACAAGAAGCAUUAUGUAUAAAGUGACUGUUGUUAUAUAAGUUGUGGACUUUUAGUUUGAGGCAUGAGCAGCUUCAGGUUGAGAUGAUGUGAAGAUCCUCUGAACUGAACAUCAGGGACUCUGUGGCUCACUGUGGCGCUGCUCUGGAGACAUUGUAAGCACACUGUGGGUCUAACUGUUGUACAUGAAACUGUAAAAUAUAAGCUUCUUCUUCAUGGGGGAGGGGGGGCGUCAGCAGGGUCAAAACACUGGACUGAAUGUUAUUUAGGUUAUUUCAAAUAUGUGUGUGUGUGUGCAGAGAGAAAGUUAAUUUAAGCUCGUGAUGAGUUUAAAUCUGCUUGAUGCUCCUCAUGAAGCUUCAGGUGAAGUUUGAGGGUCUGAGUAUCUGCACAUUCACAGAUUCAUACAUAAAAAAAAACCUUUAAGAGAUUCAUGUUUGUUCAUAUUGUAAUCAUGGCUCUGUGUGUGUGUGUGUGUGUGUGUGUGUGUGUGUGUGUGUGUGUGUGUGUGUGUGUGUGUGUGAAACGCUGCAGAGCUUCAUUGUAAAUAGAUAUUGUUCUUUUCUUUUCCUUCUUUCUCUCCAUCACUGGACUAAUCAUGGUUCCCACAGUGAACAUGCAGCAGCAGACAGUGAAGCCCAUUCAGACCGAUGUGCACUCAUGUUGUGAUCAAAGGAGGGAAUUUGCAUUUGAAUACAUUGUACAGUGUUUUUUCUACUUCAUGUAAUUUUUUUUCUAGUCUUUUUAAUAUAAAAUACUUUUCUAAUAAAGUGAAAAAAAC